AUGGAUGAGAGUAAACCCAUUGAUUAUGCCCGUGAAAAUAUUGGAGAGGGCGGCGGAAAAUCUGAGAAGCUGCUCGUUGAAGAAUGUCCCUCCUGUCCUCCCAUUGACAAAGAAUCGCCUGGUGGUGCCACCUUAGCGGACCAACAGCAACCUCCCGUUGCGGCAAAUCAUGCAGAGGCUUUAGAUAGAAGUGCUGAUGAUGCUGUUGCUCUUUGUGGUGCUGAUGAAGUUCUUUGUCCUGAAAAUGAUGAUGGGUCCAAGACCAAGAAGUCUGAUAGCUUGAGGGCUUGUAAUUUGGACCUCAGUAACGGUGAAAAGAAAGAAAGUUCAAGUGUUGACGCUUCGAGCAUCAAUGAACGAGUUGGAUCAACUGUAGUCCCACUUGUCUAUGGAAAUGGAGUGGAUGAUAACUUAGAAAUAAAGCAGCCUCUUGAGGUUUGUCUUACUGGAUCUGCCGACAAUCAGCUUCCAUGCAGUAUUCCUCUGCAAGAAACUGAGCGAUUUGCAAAGUCUUCUAGUUCCAAGAUGAACGGAGCUGGAAAGGAGGAGCUUGCGUCUUCUGCAGAGGCUUCUUCAUUGGCUGUUACAGCUGAUCCAGAUUAUGUCCAUGCCAAGUACCCACAAUACUCUCACAGUCUCAUUGAGGAAGGUGAUAAGACUGAUCUCUACUCAAGGAUGGGACUAAGAGAUGUCUCCUAUUCCCCUUCCACGGGAAGCAAGCUUCAUGACCUCAACAAGACUCAAUUGGAACCUUCAAGGCUUCUAGACAUCCUCACCAAGAAGUCCUCCUUCCUUGGAAGUUUCACAUCGAUACCGGAGAUCCGAUCCCACAACCGUGUCCUUAACCACUGCGUCUUGAGUGAUGAGGAAUAUAUGGUGCUCUUCACUCCAAACUAUAAGGAUGCCAUGAUGCUGAUAGGGGAGAGCUACCCUUUCUUUAGGUACAAUUACUACGUGACCAUCAUCGAUGACGAGGUGGACUACAUAAGGGAGUUUGCAAGACGUAAGGAAUCAAAGGUGAUCUCAAUACCUGAGACUUGGUUGGAUCUCAGGAUCAAAGGAUCACAACUGAGCCAAUAUUUCAGGAGGAAGUGCAGUUAUAGACCCAAGGGGCUCUUCUCCUACCCUGCUAAGGUGAGAGGGAUCAGGUACUCCAUGCAUUGGGUCUCAGAGAGCCAUCGA